UCGCAGGCAAUUCGUUGCUUCAUUCGUGUGAGUUCGUCGCUUCCGUCAGUCAGAAACACUGCGACGUAAACGGGUGUGUGCGAAAGUAUGAAGUGAAAUCGUACAUAAUAGUGUGUGAAAUGUUUAGUGUUAGUUUUUAUUGUGCAAAAACACAAAAAUGAGUGCGAACGGAUAAGCGCGUUCUCCUUUUUCGGUCCACGAAACAUUGUACACUGGUGUACACGUAACAUUUCGUAGAACGGUUUCAAAAUGGCUGUGUUUUGAAGGACCCUUUGUCCGCUUUCGUGUCUUCUUCAGCAUGAUAGUGGGAUCGUUCUGCAAGAAAUUUAACUUAGAAAGGUGAGGAAGACUCUUGUUUAGCUCUGGAGUGAUUCGUGAGAAAAUACGGAAUGGAAAAGUACUGGUAGCCGUCGAUGUUAUGCGUCGGUUGAUUGCUUUCUAAGCAAGCGGGCGAUACGAAACUAUUAUUGCUUGCAACGUGUGAGUUUCUAAUAACCUUUUUACUUUGUCGUUUGUGUAUAAAGUGUGAUAAAGCGUCGGUGGCUGGGCUGGCCUUCUAUCUGGUUGUAUUGUUACCGUCAGUACAAUUAUUAAUCCAGCACGCUCGAGGCCUGCCGAAGAGGGAAUGCAUGUCAUGUACACGGAGCCGCCGGCGCAAUAUCGCAGCAGUCAGCCAACGAACGCGCAGCCCGAGUACCAGCCGGCCGUGUCGCCGGCGCGCCUGCAGCCAGCCAAGAAGCGCCGCGUGCUGAGCCCGCAACACUACAACACACAACAACAACACACGUUCGUCGACAACACCGGCUACAAGAACAAGUGGUGGUCAGACGUCGGGCCGGGCAGCUGCGCCGCGCCCGCCGUGCCGAGUCGCGCGUGCGAUGCGGAGCGGUCCACGCCGCCAGCGCCGCCACCCGCUCCGCCCGUGCUUUGCGCCAGACCGUGCUGCCGGGACGCGACUGUCGGAGAUAGCAGUGAGCAGCGUCGUGUGCAAGCUGAGAGCGGCGCCGGCGCGGGCGCGCGCCACAAAACGGCACCGCAGGCCGCAACGACGACGGCCCACAGCAAGCAGCUGGCGGCGGGCGGGGCCAACCACCCGCCCCAGCCGCAAGCUAAUAUAUCUGUUCGGAAUGUGUGUACAUGCGGGUGUGGUGGUGGUGCGUCUGCGUCCGUCGCUGGCUCGACAGGCUCCGGCUGCGGUGGCGAUGGCGACUACCAGCUGGUGCAGCACGAGGUGCUCUACUCCUCGUCCAACAGGUACGAGGUGUUGGAGUUCCUCGGGCGGGGCACGUUCGGGCAGGUGGUGAAGUGCUGGAAGAAAGGCACCAACGAGAUAGUCGCCAUCAAGAUCCUCAAGAACCACCCCAGCUAUGCACGCCAAGGACAGAUUGAGGUGUCGAUCCUGUCGCGGCUGUCGCAGGAGUCGGCGGACGAGUUCAACUUCGUGCGCGCGUACGAGUGCUUCCAGCACCGCUCGCACACGUGCCUCGUGUUCGAGAUGCUCGAGCAGAACCUCUACGACUUCCUCAAGCAGAACAAGUUCUCGCCGCUGCCGCUCAAGUACAUCCGCCCCAUACUGCAGCAAGUACUCACCGCGCUGCUCAAACUCAAGCAACUGGGCCUGAUCCACGCGGACCUGAAGCCGGAGAACAUAAUGCUGGUGGAGCCGGCGCGACAGCCCUACCGCGUCAAGGUGAUCGACUUCGGCAGCGCGUCGCACGUCAGCAAGGCCGUCUGCAACACCUACCUGCAGAGCAGAUACUACAGAGCGCCAGAGAUCAUCCUGGGCCUGGGAUUCUGCGAGGCGAUCGACAUGUGGUCGCUGGGCUGCGUGGUGGCGGAGCUGUUCCUCGGCUGGCCGCUGUACCCAGGCUCCUCCGAGUACGACCAGAUCCGAUACAUCUCACAGACGCAGGGGCUGCCCACAGAACAUAUGCUCAACAGCGCGAGCAAAACCGCGAAGUUCUUCUACCGCGACGUGGACAGCACGUACCCGUUCUGGAGGCUGAAGACUCCGGAAGAACACGAGUUGGAGACCGGCAUCAAGAGCAAGGAGGCCAGGAAGUACAUAUUCAACUGUCUAGACGACAUAGGACAGGUCAACGUUCCGACGGAUCUUGAAGGAGGCCAACUCUUGGCUGAGAAAGCGGACAGAAGGGAAUUCAUCGAUUUAUUAAAGAGAAUGCUUACUAUGGACCAGGAGCGCAGGAUAACGCCGGGCGAGGCGCUCAACCACGCCUUCGUGACUCUCGCGCAUCUCGUCGACUACGCGCACUGCAACAACGUCAAGGCCUCCGUGCAGAUGAUGGAGGUGUGCAGGCGAUCCGGGUCGGGCGUGGGCUCUGUGGGGUCCGUAGGUGGCGUGGGGUCGGUGGGGUCGGGCGGGGAGUACGGCGUGGGGUCGGUUGUGGGCCCGGCGGCCCCGGCGGCACACCACCUGGCGCUCACCAUCAACCAGCAGCGUCUCAGAGCCGCGCCAUACGACAAUCUGUACCAGCUGUACCAGGGCGGGCGCGUGGCGGUGGGCGGCGCGCGGCAGUACGCCACGCGCGCCGCCGAGCCCUUCCCGCACCAGUUCGUGUCCUCCAUCCUGUGCCAGCCCGCCUACCAGGUCCAACAACUGGCAGCAGCGGCAGCGGCAGCAGCAGCGGCCCACCACCAGCACGGCGUGGCCGGGGUGGCGGGAGUGGCGGGGGUGGGCGGCGUGGCGGGCGUGGGCGGCGUGGGCGACGUGGGCGAGUGGCGCGCGCCGCUCAUUGUGGAGCCCGCGCCACUCCCCGACCCCGACGUCUGGGACCCCUACCACCCGCACCAUGCGCAUCACCAUCACACGCAUAAAAGAUCAACAAAGCAGCAGACGAGCGCGGUGCCGCACUAUCAGCCGCACCACCAAACGCAUCAGUACAGUAUGGCAAGCAGUGGCGGCAAGAAGGAGCCGACGCAACUAUCGCCGGUGAAGAAGCGAGUGAAGGAAGGCACGCCGCCUUCGAGGCACAGGCAUAAUCAUCACGAUCACACGAACAGCCGAGCAGUAAACGUGACGACGAACGCGAGCGUGGGCGCGGUGGCCACUUCGGCCGCCGCGGCCCCGGGCGUGGCGGCGGGCGCCGGCGCCUGGGACCCGCCCGCGCCGCACCACACCAUCACCAUCCGCGACACGCCGUCGCCCGCCGUCUCCGUCAUCACCAUCUCCGACUCCGACGACGAGGAGCCGCGCCGCGACCGCCCGCACGACAACAGAGGCGGCAGCGGCGAGUGCGUGGCGUCGUCGGCGGCGGGCGGCGUCAUCUGCAGCGCGCGCUCCCCGCGGGACGAGCGCCACGUCAAGCACGAGCCGCACCAGCACCACCAGCCCUGCCACCACCACCACACCGUACGGCAGCCACAACAACAGCCACAACAGCACCAACAGCCGCAACAGCAGCAGCAGUCGUCGAGCGGCGCGUGUCGAGCGCCACAGCCGCAACAGCCGCAACAGCCACAGCAGCCGCAGCAGCCGCCGCAACAGACGCCGCAGAGCCAGAAGAAACGGCUGCUUGCGCUGGCGCAGCAGGAGGCGCAGGCCAAGCGCGAGCCGCCGCCCGCGCAGGACCAUCACCAUCACUAUGCCACGAACGGUACGACAGUGCGCCAAACGAACGACUACCAAUGCAAUCAAUACGUACCCGCGCAACACAAGCGGGACAGUAGCGGCGGUUGUCGUGAGUACCUUCCGACGACUGGUGGCGCUCACGCCGUGAGUGCAGUCGGCGGUGUGAGUGGCGUGAGCGGAGUGAGCGGCGUGAGCGGAGUGAGCGGAGUGAGCGUGAGCGUGAGCGGGCCGCCCGCCGCGCACAAGCACGCCGCGCCGCACGCCUGGCACCACCACCCGCACCCGCACUACAAAACGGCUAGCGGCGGUGUUCUAUCGCCGGGUGGGGGCGUGUCCCCCGGGUAUCUCCCGCCGCCGUUGUACGUGCCCUACCAUUAUCACACGGGCGGAGUGAGCGGCGUGGGCGGCGUGGGUGGCGUGGGCGGCGUGGGCGGCGUGGCGGCGCCCCCGCCGGCGCACCACGCGUCGGGCGCGCGGCUGCCGGGCUACCUGCAGCCCUACUCGCCCACGUACCUCGUGCCGCAGCACCACCAGCAGCACCUCUGGUACACCGACUGAGCCCGCACUCCGCACACACCUUCUACACUCUACCGAACAGAUGCAGCUGCCGACGGACGUAGUACUCUAUCGGAUGAUAUAGGCACGCGUUCUAAUUUAUACCUUAUUCAAAAACUUAUCGAUGUCAAGUGAAUCAAUUGUGCUUUGUGUGUUCGUGUGAUAUUACUAUCGAUUUAUUGUUGCACCAUACAUAUAUGAAACACGUUAUAUUUUGCGUGUGCUCACGUGGUUUGAUUCACUUUAUUAGAUCGGAUAUGAGUAUAUCUAAGUAGAUAUUAUAUCGAUACAUUUUAUGCUGUAUUUGUUAAACAUAUUGAAAAGUAUUUCCCGGCGCCGCCUUAUUGAUAUGUGUUGAGCAAACGCGUGGUUAAUAACCAAUUUACUCUGUCGAAAUGAAAUACUAUAUUAUUAAAAAAUAUAUAUAAUAUGUUAUCGUCUUCGAUGGUAGAAAUUAGUGUAGAAGUAAUUCAUGUUCGAGAUUAGGGCUUGGUCUGAGUCGAUAACGACAGCACUCCGCGCCCCUUGUCGAUGAGCGGCCAUCACUACCGCGCCGGCGCUGGCUCGUCUGAAGGGCGUCCGAGUGACAACAGCAAAGGAACCAAAUAUAAUCGAUAUCACACUGCGAUUUUUAAUUAAAACUAUGACUAGUGUGUUUAGCGCGCGUAUUAUAUUAUAUAUUUAAAUGAAAAGUCCCUUUAUUUUAACGGAUCGUGACCGAAUUUUAUAAUCGAUUUAUCGAUACUGUACAAAAUGUGAUUUUUUUACUUUAAUUGUGGGAAUGUAUUUGUUUUUAAUUCGUAUUCUUACGGCGACGUACGAGCUGUAGUCGCGAUACGUGUGAAUUAUUUUAUUGUUAGUGGGAGUCAUUCGUAGAGUUGCAGUGAUCGGUCGUAGCGGCGACUCGGUCUCAUUGUAUAAUACCAAGUUUUAAUUUUAUCGAUAUCACUUCUUGUCAAUACAUGCGAUGUAGACGAGCGUGGACUUUGAUUUUUGUCUUGUAACAUAUGGAUUGUAAAUUUUGAUUUAUUAUUAAUUAAUAUUAAUAAUUUGUUUUUUUUUUGCUACAAAAGCAGAGCGUGUAGGUUGCAUUUACUAAAUAUCGUAGAACUUAGUGUUUGUACCAAAUCAAUUUAAUAUGGGAUACAUAUGUAGUGUAUAUUGUAAUACAUAUUAUAUGUUUUAUAUUUAAUGCGUUAUAAUAUAAAGUUACGCAAAACGCUGAUAUAUAACUGUUUUGUACAAAUUCGGCGCGGUUGUUUGUAACGUGUGUGACGUAACGAUAUAACCAUAUCCUGAUUGAUAUAUGCUCGUAGUUUUAUUAUAGACCCCUCAUUGGACCACUAGGGGUCCUUUGGCUAAUUUAGAUUCGAAAUGUGUAUUUGUGUGGAAUAACUAGAUCGUGUCCUGGUAUAUACAGCCAUCAAUACGGUAACAUGUAUUUGUUGGGGCCAAAAUAUUUGAAUAUGCGUUGUAACACGAACAUAUUAAACGCACGUUACAGAAACUCUGUUGAAUUUGCUAUUCUGUAUAAUUAUUUAAUUGUUUUCAAUCAUUACGUGGCGGUGAUUUUGUCAAUUAUAUAUAUUUUUCUUUGUUUUCUUUAACAUCAGUAGAUGUAACUGUUUGCUUUAGAUAUAUGAGGUAUAGUGUUGUCUCACGUUCCAUAUCAUUAUAGUGUAGUCGCGUAUGGAGGCCGCGGGAGGUGGCACUAAUCCUCCCACACUCCUCGCAUUGUAUUAAUCAAAUGGAGUCUUAUAUUUAGUGAUAAAUGUAUAAGGCGCGGUGGUGGACUACUUGUUAGUGUAGAGUCAAGUAUAUUACAAAAAAAGUCUAUAAAUUUUAUAACCAUAGUACACACUGAUAGUUAAUGGUGUUAUGCAUGUAUGUUCACAAUUAGUUAGCGCGAUGUACGAUAAUUAUUAUUCGAUGGUUACAAGGAAAAUGUAUAAAAAAAUAUAUAUCGAUGAUUAUUAUUUAAUUUUACGAUUGCGUUUCAUUAAGUUAACCAUGUGUAGUGUGACGCUCGCAUUUUGUUUCUCUGACUCGAUACAUGUCACGUAUCGACUGGGUAUUUCAGUUUUGCCUGUAUGUUAUUAGCAAUUCGGGACAGGCCCUUGGCUUUUUAUGAAUAUAGAUGCCCUGUAAUUAAUAUAUUCUAGUGCGAGAUUGAUGCAAAGUUAUAAAUUUAUUUGUUGUGGCAAUUGUCGAUAAUCACGCGAUGUUGGUGUCUCUACGCGGAGUUCGGCUGUUGCUACUUAGUAUUACACAAAUCGGUGAAAAAUACCUUAAAUCUAAAAUAAUUUUAUGAUUAAAGUAUAUUACGUAAUAGAAUUUGUGUAUGAGUUUUUGUAUCUAUCUCUUUGGGAUAUGUUAUACGAAAACAUCAUAUAAAAUAAAAACAGAAUUAAACAUGUUCACUUAUCGUGUAUAAUAUGCAUUAAUUAAUUUAAACAGUAACAGUUUUUGUUCCCGCGUUGGUUGGGCGUGGUUAGUGUGGUAGUGAGGCGCGCGUGGGGGGUCAUGGUGGCGCAGGCGUCCCUCGUCGGUGUCGCUGCUCUAUAUAUAAGUAGUUAGUUAAGUGGUAUCGUACAACAUCCAUAGUCAUUCUACCCUCUAGUAUACGGUAUACAGGUUCGAUGCUGCGCCGGCGACGGACGCGCCGCGUCUCUGUAACAUUUUAUGCUUUCACUAGUUUUUGUAAUUAGUAUUAAUUUAUAAUAAACAAGAUAAUCGCAGUUAUCUCAAAUGUGAAAAACACACAUUCUUUGGUAUUUAAUUGUUUUUAAUGACAAGACUAUGUAAUGUUAAUUUUUAUUAUAAUUUAGUACAUUAGCUUUGCUGCCUGACAAUAAUCUUACUUUUAGUUCACGUACACUUUACGGAUGUUACUAUGUAUUAGUUUUUCUCUUUUCCACGGACAUUGCAUUCAUUACGCUAACAUUAUAGAUGUAAACUUUGUCUGUUUUAUCAUAACUUACUUUUACAUUACUUUGUUUUUAUUUUAAUCGCUUUAAUACUUUAUGAUGUGUUUUAUUCCUCCCAGUAGGGGAUGCUUUGUACAUUAUUAUCUUAGAAUAUUAUAAGUAUUAAACAUUCAAUGUUAGCCUACUCUAUGUGAUGUUCUUUGAAACAUAAAAUUGUGAGCAUGACAGGGCGGGCUUUAUCUACAAUUGAAUUAUAUAUAAUUUACUUAAAUAAAUUAGUAAAACAAAUCAUAUUAGAAAAUGUAAACUCGUGUUUGCUUGGUCUCAUGUAAUUAAUCGUUCGUAAAUUAAGAAAAAAUAUUUAUUUUUAAAAUGGCAUUUGGAGCUUAUCUUCGAGUAGUGUACAUGUGGAUGCAUAACGUUUAUUGUAAGUGUUAAUCAAAUUUAAUAGUCGCGGAUGUGCGAUUAGUAAUAAUUUGAGCAUGUCGGACGCCCGCCCUGCCAUCUCUGUUUAUGUGAAGCACUCCCUCCCGUAGCAAGGCUUAGUCAAUGAUCUCCGUUCGAUGUUCACAUAUUGCUAACUCACCUGAGGCGAACCAUCGCUAAACUAAAUCGUAAUUAUUAUUGUUUAAGGUUUUAUUCGAGUUUUGGGGGUUUUAUUUUUAAGUGUAUUAACUGAUGGAAUGUUUACGUAUAAUAAUUAUAUUUUUUUUCUCUUUAUCAUUUCCUAGUUUAAAAACAUUACGGUAUCAUUUAGUUGUUUUGAAAUUGCCUUAUUAAUAAGUAUUUCGCAUACGGGGCACGCGUUAACAUGCCAAACACGAAUGUUCAAUUAUAUUUCGGUAUUUAAAUUGUAUUAUGACAAUGUAAAUUUUGGGUUGUUGCAAUAAAAAUAAAUUUGUGUACAUUGAUUUUGUCGCGCAACAGUAUGGAUACGAUGCCCUUAGUAUAUGUAUAUUUAGUGAUAAAUAACGGUUUCACCACGCCACGAUACCUGUAAUGUAGGAAAAUGGCAAAAAUAUAUAUAAUACUGUAAUUAAAGCGUCGACAAUAAUUAAUUUAUACGGACAUAUUUGUAUGUACAAAUGCUUCGUAUUGUUUGUAGUGCGAUGCGACGCGUGUCCGACUGUCGCUCGGUGUCGCGCGACAGUGUCUGACAUCCGUCGCGUCUCUGCCCGUGUCGUUAUAAUUUUAAGUUUUGGUCCAGCAUUGUACCGCGGGUCACCGGCCCGCGUUCUAUUCCACUGUGAUUAUUAUUCUAUUGAUUUGUGUCGGUGAAACUAAACGUAGUUACGUUUUGGUUUUAAUAUUUUUCAUGUAACAAUGUACUCGAUAUGCGCCACGAGCUAACGAUUAAAAUAAUGGGUAUUUUUUGUUUUAAUUUAGCGUAGUGCGUUGUGUAACGCGAGUUAAAUAUUAACACGUUUUGAUUACGCUAUAAGUAAUGUGGGUGGACCUGGGAUAUAUAGCACUGAUGUUGCUUAAGUUUUUUUUUCUUCUUCAAUGAUAAUCAAAUAGUUUUAUUAUUAGAGAGCAAACUGUAAAUAAACAUCCAAAUAUCCCUUUU